ACAGCAUUGCACAGGCUUGGAACACUCUCUUCUGGUCGCCCCAUGUCCCUUCUCUAAUACUAUUCAGUCCAAGCCUCGUGAAAAAAUAACUGUCGAUCAACGUACCUCUCCCUUCGCUAUACCCGCCUCCUGGGAAACGUACCCCAGCCGGUAGCUGCUCAACAGCCCAUCAAAUCUUACACAGAGCAACGUCACUGCCCAUCACACACGACUCCUCAUGACAGACCACGAGGAAAACGACGAAUUCUCGGAUUUAGUGUCCAGCCGUGACGCGGUCCCAUGGCCCGGCGAUACCUUCAUGAUCCGCGAGCGGCGCAACGGCCGUGUGCUCGCGCUCGCGGACGGACAGUUGUGCCUGGAAGCCGAUAUCAGCCAAGCCGGCAACUGCCAUUGGCUUUGUGUUGAGAACAACGGAUGGCUGGGGUUCCGCGAGACAGAACUGAAACGAUACCUGGGGCAUGAUUUCUGGUGGAACUUUACGGCUGAUGCGUCGAGGCACGAUCAGUAUCAGUAUUUUCAGGCUCGGAGGCACCCGGAUGGGGGAUAUUUGCUGCUUGCUCCGCGUUUGGGAGAUCUUGUGCAAGUUACCGUUGGGAAGGACGGAAAUGGGUUGGUUACUACAAAGGCCGAUGGAGUUACGUGGGAGUUCAUGGAGGUAUAGCAUGGAGCGCCGUAGAGGAGACACUCGAGGCGCGUGUAACUAUGUAAGCGAAAUUUGACGCCAUCACACAGACCUGCUUUGAACGAAGG